CAGUGCAGUUCACCUGGACGUCAUGCUCGAUCAACUGUUAAAAGCCCCAGAUGGUGAAGGUGCUGCUGCAUCCAUCAACAACAUUGCAGGCGAUGACAUUCCCGACCAGGCCUCUCUGUCGCCCAGUGUGGAUUUAUAUUUCAUUAUAUAGACAUGCCUUGUAAGGAAGGGAGAUUGAGGGAUAAAAAAAGAGUUGAAUGAUGCUACGAAAGGCCGUGGAUACCUCAUCAGCUGAGUGAAUAGCACACUUGAUGAACAAGUUGAGGAAGGAAGUUUUGAUGCAGAGGUUCAAGGAAGAAGAGAGGCAGACUGACUGAGUCACAGCCAGAAAGUGUUGAUGAGAGUGUUGAUUUCUUUUCACUGUUGCCCCCUCCCAAUUAAAGCAUGUCACAGCCGCAGCCAAUUAUUAUCUAAAGCUGGUUAAAAUUGAAGUCAUGUUGUUUUAAGGUGUAUUAAGUACUUGUUCAUGUGCCCCUUUUGAUCUAUGAGCACCCGCACCUCCACCGGUCUCUGCACGGCCCUGCUGAAACACAGUGUGGGUCGACAGAGCUCAAUAUUUUGUUGGGUUGUACAGUGUACCGGAACAUAUUUCCUCCACACCCUUCUCACCUUUUAACCCCUGACCCAUUUUCAUGCCUGGACAUUGUUCCACUGCUUUGGUUCAAAACAAAGCUUAUCAGCACUGUGCCAUAAAAUAUGUAAACAAUAAACAUGUAAACUAAACAUUCAGUGCAAAAUAGUGCAAUAACAAAAAUCUUCAAAAGAGGUAGUUUACCUACUUACUAGGCUUAAAAGUGACAUCACAAUAAAUGGCAGGGGAGGAUGUUUGUUGUUAUUAUGAACCAAUCUUUAAACCAAAACUAAAGACUCUGGAUGGGUGUAAGACAUUUUGUCUGUAACGUUAAACACAAUUAGAAAACAAUUUAAUUAAAAAAUAUACAGUAUAUAUAUUAAAAAAUGGCAUGUCCGAUAUUUUUUUGCCGAUUCCGAUACUUUGAAAAUGACGUGAUCGGACCCGAUCAAUCGGCAUCCCGAUCAAUCGGGACAUCUCUAGUUAUUAUAUAUAAAAAUGAAAAAAAAAAUUUUAAAACUGUAAUCCCUACGAAAUCUGAAUGUCAAAAAUUUAUAUUUGAUAUUUUCUGCGUCCUAUAUAGUAUACUGGGGACGGGUUUCCAUAAACUUCGGCUUGUCCCGUCAGCCCUUUUCUUUUCGGGUUGAAUUAAUUGUAAACACAUAUAAAUGCUGUAUGUUUGUUUGGAUUUGUCAUGCCUGAAGGGAAAAUAAAUAAAUACAUAAAAAUUCCAUCUAAAACUCCAUCCAAUUUGUAUUUUCCCAAAUUUCCUCAAAUCUAAAUGCAAAACCUCAAUUUUAACUAUUCAAGAACACAGGAUGUACAUUAAAACUGGAGGUAAAGAUUAGGUUAAAAAAGAUAAUAAAGAUAUGAAUAACAUACAUUACCCAAAAAUAAGUACAAAUGCACAGUGAAAUUGAAUAUAUUUUGAAGAUAAAGCAAACAUUGACUUGUUUUUUUAAUUACAGUGGUACCUCUACAGAUGAAGUUAAUGCGUUCCAGGACCUUGUUUGUAAGUCGAAAUGGUCGUAUGUCGAGCAGGAUUUUCCCAUAAGAAUACAUUAUAAUUCCAUUAAUUCGUUCCGCAGCCCAAAAACCUACACUAAAUUCUCAAUAAAUACUGAUGUUACUUUUGCAAAUAUCAAUUACAAAGAGCAAAACAAAUACAUUAUGAAUAAAAAUUGGAAUAAUAAUAAAACAAUAAUAGAAAUAAUAAUAAUAAUACCUGUAAUAAUGUAAAAAAAAAUAAAUAAAAAAAUGGUUCUAAUAUGGCGAAUGUGUUUGCGUGGUGUACCUGAACGCAUCACGUGCCUGACUUGAUAGAUUGAGCCUUUUUAGUUUCACUUUGUUUACUUGCUUCGGGGAACACUAGGCGUGUUGUGUUGCACAAGUUGAUGGAAUAAAUUAUUAGAAAACCUGACAAAGCUGGAGAUUUCUUCUGUGAUGUUAUCACAAUAAUAAUUGCCACCUUAAUUGAUAAAGACUGGCGAACAGAGGAGGACAGUCAUAGACUGUCUACGGCUGUAUUAUUGAGCGAGCCAUAUCGCGGAUGCGCACCCUGCGCUCAUAUUUUUUUUAUCAUAUUCAUCUUCAUGUCAAUGUUAACGGUAAGCAUCACCUUUUUUCAUUUUUUUUCACCACCUGCACUAACAUUGUUGGAACCCAUGUUGAUUUCUCUCACAAGGAAAUCUGCCAUGCGUCCAUCUUUCGGGAAAACAAAGAAACUGCAGUGCUGUCAUACAUCGUCGUAUUUCGAGCAUGUCGUGGAAGUAGAAACAAAUUUUGAAUGAAUGAAUGAAUUUAUUGUCAUUGUCAUUAUCAUCAUAAUCAUUGACAGUGUCAGAAUGUGGAAUUAGCCCGAAAGAAAGACGAUGACAGACAAAGGAAAGACUGGAAAAAGCAAAUGCUUAUCGAUACCCGUCCCCCAACAGCCCGGGACGCACAGUCAAGCAUGUUUGGGUUACAGUCCAGUUGUUAUCUUUUUUUUUGUGUGUGUGUGUGUGUGUGUGUGUGUGUGUGUGUGUGUGUGUGUGUGUGUGUGUGCGUUUGUUUUCAUGACAAAUCAGGACAAUUUUAUGAUAACACACCUUCACUCUCAGGACCUGUGGAAAAAUAAGGACAUUUUUCGGGUCCUCAUUUUUCCACGCCGUCUACGACACCGGGAGGCCUCCCAGAAUGCUCCCACACAAAAAAAAACGCAUGUCCUAAAAUGUCAUAAUUUUGGGAAAUUCAGUGUGAAAGUGUGUUUAACAAUCGACUCACUUUUUAUUUUAACACCUAGUGGCCAUCUUCUGUACUUUAACACACUUUUCACACACUUUCAGUGACGUCACUUCACAGGUCCUCAGAUUUCACUUUUUUUUGACUCACAAACACAUUACAACAGGUGAGGCGGGAUUAAGAUAGGCCUGCAGUCACACCAUAGUAAAUUCUCUGAAAAAGACACAACCAGAUUCUAGUUUUGAGUGACAAUACAUCUAGUAGGGUAAGAUAGUUAUUAGGCUAACCAAGCCUACAUCCACCUCAGGAGUAAAAGCUUCUUUAUGCAGUGUUCUUCAAUAUUACACGCACAGCAGCUGACACUAGGUUGGCUAAUUAGCCAGCUAGCCUGCUAAAUUGAGGCCAAAUAACAUGCUCUGGAGUUUGGACUCAAACUGUGGAAUGUCUGCCCAAUAAAUGGUAAGUCAUUGCUUUACUUGUAUCAGAAGUAACAGAGAGUAGAAGUUGGUGUUAAAAGUAACUGUUUUUUCAACAAUGCCCACCCGUGCUAGCUGGAAAUAAUUAGAUAGCUACAGUAUGUGCUAGCUAGCUCACCAUACAAAUGUCUCAUAGACCUGCUGUGUUUAAGCUGCGAUGUCAUUUAACUGGUCACCAAAAUUUAUUGCAGGAAAAAGAUGUAUUGGAAUUAACAGUAGAUAAUUCUAUAUAUUUACCAGAAAAUAUCAGCUAUAAUAUAUAUUAACUAAUAUAUAUCAUAGCUGAUAUUUUCCAACAUAAAUACCGCUAAUGCAUAUGUAUAUCAAUUACUCAUUACGUGUAGUGGAAGUAAAAUACUUUGGUAAUUGAAGUAUGGCAGUUGUUUGAUUUGUUGGUACUUCAUUAGGUUAAUACUUUAUGUAAUGUUUUGCUGUUAACAGAUUGAAACAUGUUCCCUUGUCUUUUGGCCUUCGCACCAAAUUUAUUGAAAUCUGUAAUUUUUCAUAAAUGUUUGUAGAUAUUUCCAUGGUGAUGAGCAUGAUGAAAAGAAGAGCCAGGCUCAGUCCUGAAUCUGAGGCUACUCAGUUUAUUUUAUCUGGAGUUGACAGGCCUUGCUUAAAAGUCCAGUGGAUCAAUGACUAUAAAGGACGUGGUGUAUUUACCAAUGAACUAAUUGAAAAGGGAUCCUUUGUGUUGGAGUACCGUGGGGAGUUAAUCUCACAGUAUGAACGGGAGAACAGGCAGAAAAAGUACACAGAAAAACAAAAUUCUUUCCUCUUUGAUUUUGAAUGGAAUGGUAGCACGUGGUGCAUUGAUGCCUCACGUGAAGAUGACUCAAUGGGCCGAUUGGCGAAUGAUGCUAAUAAAGGCCCAAACUGCAGAAUGAAAAAGUUGACCAUAAAGGGUAAACCACAUCUUUGCUUGUUUGCUCUUGAAAACAUCCAAGCAGGGGAUGAAAUAACCUACGACUAUGGAGAAUGUCAGUGGCCAUGGCGAGCAAUGAUACCGAGUGUUAAGACCCUUACUCAGCCUUCUGGAGACCAAGAACAGAGUCAGAUAUAUGCAUCAUUUCAUCAGACACAAAAUCAACCAAUACAAAACGAAGAAGUGAGUCUGAGAUCAUCUGCAUCAUACCAAAAGCUACCAAGUGUUGAGAUCCUGACUCAACCAAGUGAAAAUGACGAAGCGAGCCAGAAUGAAUUCCAACAGCUACCAUGUGUUGAGAUCCUUACUCAACCAAGUGAAAAUGAAGAAGCGAGCCAUAGAGCAUUCCAACAGCUACCAUGUGUUGAGAUCCUUACUCAACCAAGUGAAAAUGAAGAAGCGAGCAAGAGAGAAUUCCAACAGCUACCAUGUGUUGAGAUCCUGACUCAACCAAGUGAAAAUGAAGAAGCCAGCAAGAGAGAAUUCCAACAGAUACCAUGUGUUGAGAUCCUGACUCAACCAAGUGAAAAUGAAGAAGUGAGCAAGAGAGAAUUCCAACAGCUACCAUGUGUUGAGAUCCUUACUCAACCAAGUGAAAAUGAAGAAGCGAGCAAGAGAGAAUUCCAACAGCUACCAUGUGUUGAGAUCCUGACUCAACCAAGUGAAAAUGAAGAAGCCAGCAAGAGAGAAUUCCAACAGAUACCAUGUGUUGAGAUCCUGACUCAACCAAGUGAAAAUGAAGAAGUGAGCAAGAGAGAAUUCCAACAGAUACCAUGUGUUGAGAUCCUGACUCAACAAGUGAAAAUGAAGAAGCGAGCAAGAGAGAAUUCCAACAGAUAACAAGCAUCAAUAUCCUCAUUCAACCUUCUAGGGACCACGAACUUCUUGAGAACGCUACCAUAUCUUCUCAACAGAGCUCUCCUGAUCCGUAUUCAGAUUGUACAGAUUAUGAAGACAUCGACUAUAUUCCAGACUCAAAUGGGAAUUCCUCAGAUGGAAGUGUUUGCAGUAAGGAUCUGAGCAUUACAGAAUUUCUUGCUCCCCAAAAUGUGAUUAAGAAUGUGCCAUUGGAGAUGGAUGCAGAACAGUGUGGGGAAAUCUCCAGUUCAGCGAUAGUUACAAGUUUAGGUUCAUCACCGAGAAGCAGCAAUCAUUGCACUUCAGUGACAAGUUGCAAUGCUAAUUGUUCAGGGAACACAUCAUACAUUAGCCACCCCAUAACGGUAGCACCAUUGCCAAGGACAUCAAAACAAAGCAAAUACAACAAAAAACAGCAUUGUUUUUAUUGUAAAAAGCCCAUUUCUAAGUUGGCAAGACACCUUGAAUCUGCCCACAGUACACAGCCUGAUGUUGCAAAGGCUUUAAGUUACGAUAAAAGGUCCCGGGAAAGAAGAGAUUUGUUACGCUUUCUUAAGAAGAAGGGAAAUUUUACUCAUAAUGCCAGAGUGAUCAACUGUGGUGCUGGGGAAAUGGUUGCUUGUCGAAGACCCAAAAAGACAACACAGUCUGAUGGCUACCGUCACUGCAGGUUUUGUCAAGGACUAUAUGCAAGAGCUAGCCUUUGGAGGCAUGUGAAAAACUGCCCUCAGAAGUCUUUUGAGGUGGGACCUUCGGCUGGGCAAAAACGAAUUCAGCUGGUCUUACCGAGACCUGAACAAGUCAGUGAAGCCGUUUGGAAGAUUGCUUGUGAAAUGAACCAGGACAACAUUUCCUCUGUAGUAAGGAGUGAAAGACACAUCCUUUCCCUUGGUGAGUCAUUAUACAAUGCCAGAAAACCACAAGAGAGAAGAAAUGACUACAUUCGCCAAAAAAUGAGAGAGAUGGCAAGAUUAUUGAUAACAGCAAGAGCUAUAACCCCGUUGAAAACCACAGAAGACCUUGUUAUGCCGGGUAACUUCCCCCAUGUCAUCCAAGCAGUGAGGGCUGUUGCAGGUUAUGAUUUGGAAAGCAACUCUUAUAAAACUCCAUCCUUGGCUCUGAAAUUAGGACACAGUUUGGCCAAAGUUGCAGGCAUUGUGCAGUGCAGUGCCAUUAUUGCAAAUUGUAGUAGUAUUGCAGAGUCAGCCAAGCAGUUUGUUACUCUAUAUGAGAAAAAUUGGAAUGAAACCAUUUCAGCUUCCGCAUUGGGUACACUUCAACAAGCGAAGUGGAAUAAACCACAGGUUUUACCAUUUACACAGGAUGUUUCACUGCUGCACAACUUUCUUGCUACUGAGUCAGCUAAGUGUAUGAAGGACUUGGAGGAAAAACCCAACAGCAUAACCUAUGGAAAUCUUGCUAAGGUGACUUUGACACAAGUCAUACUUUUUAACAGAAAAAGGCAAGGGGAAGUUUCAAAAAUGGACCUACAGUCUUUCACAUCCCGGAAUCGCGCAGAGUUGAAUCCGGACAUUAUGAUGUGUCUUUCUGAGUUAGAAAGAAAGCUUGCAAAGCACUUUGACAGAGUUGAGAUCCGUGGUAAAAGGUCAAGAAUGGUACCUGUGCUUCUCACCCCGAGUAUGAUUUCUGCAAUGGAGUUCCUUGUGAACAAGAGAAAUGAUUGUCAAGUCGACACAAAAAAUGUGUACCUGUUUGCCCGUCCAAUUGUACUUUCACAUUACAGAGGCUGUGAUUGCCUCCACAAGUUUGCAAACCAAUGUGGUGCAAAACACCCAGAAGCACUCACUUCCACAAAACUUAGGAAGCAAGUUGCCACCUUGUCCACAGUACUGAACCUAAAAGAAAAUGAAAUGGAUCAACUUGCCACCUUUCUCGGACACGACAUCCGUGUCCACCGAGAAUUUUACCGCCUCCCAGACAGUACCCUGCAGCUUGCAAAAGUCAGCAAACUGUUGAUGGCAAUGGAGAAAGGACAACUCUCUGACUUUCAGGGAAAAGGGCUGGAUGAUAUUGAGAUCAAUCCUGAAGAUGACAUACCCACUAGUGAUGAUGAUGAUGAUGAUGAUUAUGAUUCGAGCAAAGAAAUGACCACUGACCUUCGUGAACAAAAAGGCUCAAGAACUGAGACCUUUGGACACCCAAGCCAUGUGCCUGCCUCAACCAUGCCGGACACCAUGGAUCGCACUGCUGUCUCAACUUCUUUCAAUAACAUCGAAGACACUUCUGCCUCAACUUUGUUUGGUGACAUGGAAGACAUACCUGCUUCGACAUCAUUUGACAACAUGGAUGAUUCCCAGCAAAGGACAGCACUUCAACCGAGUUCACCCCAAACACGGUCAAGGUGCUCCAGCAAGAAGAAGCAAGGUGGAAAGGCGAGAAGUAAGUGGACAGAGGGUGAAGUGAAAGCUGUUGAGCGGCACAUGUUGGAUUUCAUAAGCAACCUGAAAGUACCAGGUAAAAAGAGCUGUGAGGCUUGCCUCCAAGCUGAGCCAGCAGCUCUGAAAGAGAGAGACUGGGUUGCUAUUAAAUACUACAUUCACAACAGAAUAGUAACCUUAAAGAGAAAGAUGAAUAAUUAGAGCUUAAUCAUUUGAUCUGGCCCAGGUACUGUAUAUGGAGGACCUUUUUUUUUUAUUUUGUUUUUUGUUUUUUUAAAUCUUAUUUCAUUUUUUUUCUUAUAUUGUUUUAUUUUUUACUUGUAUUUAAUUAUGUAUUUAUUUCCAUAUAUAUUUGGGUAUUUUUAGAUCUCAUUUCUUGUUUUUUCAUUUAUAGUCACUAUUUUUUUCGAUUGUAUUUUUUCCCUUUUAAGUUUGGCAGCUUUGGUCCACCAUACAGGUACAGUUCAAUAUCAGAUAAAAUAAGCUCAAAAAACAUGUGCGGAGGGUGAGGCUGGGGUUGAUUUUCAAUGUGUUAUGUUUCAAUGUUUAUUACUGUUAAAAAAAAAAAUACUCCCAAAAAGUUAGGGACAUUAGAUUUUGAGUUUAAACUUUACCUUUACAAGCGAUGUUAUUAUGACCUGUACACACUUUAAAUGACAUGUGUCAGACUUGUCAGCAAUUAGUACACUUUGCUCAGCUUGCUUUGUAUAAACCAGAUCUGACAAGAAAAUUUAUUAAGUUGGUUCAGACAUAAAUGGAAAAACAAAUGUCCUUAAUAAAGAUAUAAAUGGCAUUAAAUAGACGUUCUAAUCAUUGUUUUACAUUUUGAAAUAAUUUGAGAUUUUGAUCAUCAUUACUGUCUCCAGUGUGCAAUUCACAUUUGACCAUAAAAGCAAAAAUAGAGAUACCUGAAGAACAGUAGAUUGAGAUCCCAUUUUCAACUUUUUUCUACCUGAACACCUCCACUUUACCUAUGCAGAAUUAACGUGUGAAUAUCAUAUUUUUCUGUCAGAGGUCAUUUGACUAGAGCAUAUAACUAUUGUUAAUCACAUUUUAUACUUUGGGUGUUUGAGGAAAAUAAUUCUGAAAUCAAGAUGAGUUGGUCUUUACAGUCUAUGCCACAUAUACUGUACUUGAAGGUGAAGUAAAGAUCGAAGAUGCUUUGCCACAAGCUUCAACACCCUUUUUUGCCAGUUUUCCCAUGUGGAAUGAACAUGUGAAGACCAAUUUUUCUGUCUGAGGUCAUUUGAUUAGAGCACAUAACCCUUGUUAAUCAGAUUUUAUACUUAGGGGCUUUUGAGAAAAAAUACUGAAAUCAAGAUGAGUUGGUCUUUAUAUGUCACAUAUAUUUGACAGUUUUGUGUGUCAUGGGUUUCAAAUUUCACAAAAACAUGAAAUAGCAAAGAGUGUGAGGUGAUGGUCGUCAUAUUUCACAAAAACAAGUUAAUGUCCUCAUAUGUCGUAUUCCUGUCAUAAAUCAAAAAUAAAUUAAGCCCUAGCUAAAAUCUGAAUAGAUGGUUGUGUUCCUAAUUUUUUUUUGUACAUACGAUUUUUUUUUGGAGCCUGUAGGACCACGGGAAAGGCAUGUACCCAUUUUUCACGUUUCUGUGACACGUCCUGAUAUAUCAUGAAAACACGUAUGUGUGUGUGUGUGUGUGUGUGUGUGUGUGUGUGUGUGUUUUUUUUUUUUCACAUAUCAUUCAAAAGUCAUUGAUUGCCAUGGACAUAUUGUCAGAUAAACAUAUACAGAGCUGUUUUCUUUUGCAAGCGUUGAUAAGCGUCUUGGUCAUCCAAGGUUUGUUUUGCAUUCUUUGUCUCGUGGGAGUCAACUUAAUCAGGUAGUGCUUAUUAGAGCUGGGAAUCUUUGGGCACCUAACGAUUCGAUUACGAUUACGAUUCAGAGGCUCCAAUUCGAUUAUAAAACGAUUAUUGAUGCACCCCCCCUCCUUUUUUUUUUUUUUUUUUUUUUUUUAAUUAAAUGUUUUGUACAUUAGUUCCAAAAUUGUUCAAAAAUCCUCUCAGGCUAAACCAAACUACUAUUUCAGUAUCAAGUUAACAUAUAGCAGUAAACAAAUAUACAAAAAUAACAGUA